CCACUGGAAAUGUCUUCUGUGUUAAGUGGUGAGAGUGUUAGAUCGUCCCGGCCCUGCACACAGCUGACUUCUCUCCUGGUGUCCCUGCUCUGCAAAGCCGAAGACUUUGAAGAUGAGGGUGUGGAUCGUCUUCCUCCUGUGCCUGGCUGGCCACGCCAUGGCUGCUCCUACUGAGGAGGAACCCAUCGUGGAAUACGAGGCCGUGGUGGGAGAGGAGAUCGUUGUGGAGGAGGAGCCAGCAACCGAGGAGCCAAUUGUUGAGGAGACCGAGGUGGGGGCCAACCCAGUGCAGAUCGAAGUUGGAGAGUUUGACGAGGCCAUUGAGGUUGUUGAGGACGUUGCUGCCGAGAAUCCCUGCCUGAACCACCACUGCAAGAAGGGCAAAGUGUGCGAGGUCGAUGAGAGCAACACCCCCAUGUGUGUGUGCCAGGACCCGUCCACCUGCCCCACCGCCGAGGGAGAGUUUGAGCACGUUUGCGGCACUGACAACAAGACCUACGACACCUCUUGCCACUUCUUUGCCACCAAGUGCACCCUGGAGGGAACCAAGAAGGGCCACAAGCUGCACCUUGACUACAUUGGACCUUGCAAAUACAUCGAGCCCUGCAUGGACAGUGAGCUGAACGAGUUCCCCCUGCGCAUGAGGGACUGGCUGAAGAACGUUCUGGUGACUCUGUACGAGCGCGACGAGGACAACAACCUGCUGACCGAGAAGCAGAAGCUCAGGGUGAAGAAGAUCUACGAGAACGAGAAGAGGCUGCAGGCUGGCGAUCACUCCCUGGACCUGCUGGCCCACGACUUUGAGAAGAACUACAACAUGUACAUCUUCCCCGUCCACUGGCAGUUCGGUCAGCUCGACCAGCACCCCGUCGACGGAUAUCUGACCCACACAGAGCUCUCCCCCCUGCGUGCUCCCCUCAUCCCCAUGGAGCACUGCACCACUCGCUUCUUCGAGGAGUGCGACUCUGACAACGACAAAUACAUCGCCCUGGAGGAGUGGGCCACUUGCUUCGGCAUCAAGGACCAGGAUGUCGACAAAGACCUCAUCAUCUAAACUCCUCCUCCGUCCGACCUGCAGCAGUUAUGACAACUCCUAGUCGCUACUAACGGGACAAGGUGCUGAUCCCUAAGUUAAAGAAAAAAAAAAAAAUCACAGUAACGGUGCUAAUUGCAAUUUUUUUUUUUUAUUUUGGAUUUUUUUUGUUUGUUAUUUUAUAAAUAAUGAUCUUUCCUGCCUAUACCACUAAAAAAAAAAAAAAAAAGAUUACAAAAGAGAAAUGUGCACAGUCUGUACUAACCGUCACGUGUUCAAGAACCUUUGAAUUGUUGGUUGAACAAAACACCCAGAAAAGAAAACUAAAGACCUCUGAUGUAAAUGUAUGUUGUUGACAAUAUUAUAUAUAUGCUACCAUGUGUUUCAGGGCUUUAAUUGGCGAUGGAUUUGAAACAUUAACUUGAGGAGACGAAACUGUAAAAGUCAAAAAUAAAGUUUCUAAAUAAAUGCUCCCUCUGCUUGCUUUCUACUAAA